AUGAAUGUUCUGGUGCGUUUCUUAUCAAUUUUUAACAGUAAGACGCUGCGGCCGCUGAUAACCUUGCUACAGUAUGUGUUAAGCUCAAUAGACGAUCUUCAACUUGAUGCCCGGGAUUUUCCACCACAGGCUGAAGUAACAGAUGGUCAAGUAUUCGACUUCAUAGUGAUCGGUGCGGGAUCAGCUGGCUGCGUGGUUGCCAACAGACUCACCGAGAUCUCAGGAUGGAAUGUGUUACUUAUAGAAGCUGGUGGGAAUCCACCGUUAAGCGCAAAGUAUCCUGGGUUAUUUGCAUUCGUGGAUUAUUCUACGUCGGAUUGGAACUAUUACACAGCAAAUGAUAGAUAUUCUAGUCAAGCGCUUCAAAAGAAAAGUGUUCACCUAACGAGAGGCAAGAUGCUUGGUGGCUCUAGUGGAGCGAACUACAUGUUCUACGUGAGAGGGAAUAAAAAGGAUUAUAAUGAUUGGGUCGAACAAGGUAAUGAGGGAUGGGAUUGGAAUACAGUAUUGUAUUACUUUAAGAAAAGUGAACGUCUCAAUGACGAAAUUAUUACCAAAUAUGACUUUGGCAACUAUCAUAAUACAGAAGGAUACUUAGGAGUAACUAGACCAUUGUGGAAGAAACGGGUAGAAAAAUAUUUAUUAGCUUUUCAUCAAAAUGGGCAUAAAAUAGUCUCAGAUUGCAACGGGGAGGAGCAGCUGGGAUAUGUUAUUCCUCAAUAUACAAUCGACAAUAGUGUUCGUCAGCACACUGGUACAGCUUUUCUCGAGCCAAUUAAAGAUCGAAAAAAUCUUUUUGUGCUAAGAAAUACUUUAGCACGAAAAAUAUUAUUUAAUAAUUACAAAAAGGCAAUUGGAGUUGAAAUACAGUUGCCAAAUAAAAGAAUUAUAAACGUUUUUGGAAGACGAGAAAUAAUUACUUCAGCAGGAGCGAUUAACAGCCCUCAACUUCUAAUGUUAUCUGGUAUAGGUCCUCGAGAGCAUUUGCAGAGGAUGGGGAUUAAUGUUUUACUGGAUUCCCCAAACGUCGGCAGUAAUUUACAGGAUCAUCCUAUUGUCGCUGUUCCAAUAGGAGUUGAAAAAGAUACUUCUUCAAUCAUAGAAAACUUUGAACUUUUGAUAAACUUGGACAAAUUUCCUUCACCGUGCGUACUCGGUCAUGGGGCUUUGAAUAAAUCUGAAACUGUGCCUGAUUAUCAAGCUUCUGUGUUUCCUCUACCAGCUUAUUCGCCUAUUUCUGCAAUAAUAUGUUCUUACGUUUUUCGUGCAAAUGACAAAAUAUGUGAUGCUCUUUACGAAGCUAACAAAAAUAGGAAGAUUCUCUACACAAUUUUUUCUCUAUUGCACCCAGAAUCCAGGGGAAAAAUAAGAUUGAAUAGCAGUAAUCCUGCAGUAAGUCCUUUAAUUUACAAUGGAUUUUAUUCUGACAAAAGGGAUUUAGAGAAUCACGCUCGGUAUGUCGAAGAUUACGUUAGUGUAGUAAAUACCCCGUAUUUUAGAAGUAUUAGCGCAGAAGUUAUUGAUGUAAAAAUUCCUCAAUGCAACUCUUUGCCAUUUAACAGUCAUGCGUACUGGAAAUGUUUUGUACUAAACACAGGAACGACUCAGUGGCAUCCUUCAGGUACUUGUGCCAUGGGCCCAGAGGGUAAAGGUGUGGUUGACGAAAGAUUAAGGGUGAGGGGAGUGACGGGUCUUCGAGUGGUAGAUGCUAGUAUAAUGCCAAAAAUUGUGAGCGGUAAUUUGAACGCUCCCGCAAUUAUGAUAGGAGAAAAGGCAUCUGAUAUGAUUAAGGCUGAUCAUGGAAUAAAUAUAUUUUUUUGA